AUGGAGACUUCUGGAAAUGCAAAUCAUGCAUUUCGAGAUACCGACCCUUCUCACAGAUUUAACCCUCCGCAAGCCGCGCUUCCCAACCGACGCGCGCGACCGCCUCCAAUGGAUCUUUCAUGUAGUGACGAGCCGGAAAUUAGAGUGCCUUUGGCACCCAAAGGUUUGGAUCGACGCGCAUCUAAAGGCGGUUUACGGGGGAUGUUUACAAGAACGAAGGCUCAGGCAGAGAAGAGCGCAGUCGUGCCUCUCAAGGAAGAAACCACUCAAAGCUCGCCAUCGACGGCUAGCUCGAGGAGUUUGGCACUUUCCACUCAAACCACGGUAACUCCCUCCACCCCGGUCACGCCAGCUAUACCAGUUCAGGCCCGACAGUCUCGCAUUGCUAUAAGAUCAAAAAGUGUGAAAGACGUAGGGGAUAAAAAGCCAGCAGCCAAAUCAAGCUCCAAGUCAUCAAAUUCCACCUCUCGCACUCCCAAGCGAACAUUGGCCUCGUGGGAUCCUCCGCCUCUAUUCCAAGCGUUUCCGCAAGCAAUAAAACACGCCAGUUUGACAGCUUCGACUUUGUCAGCCGAUGUGAUACUACGGAUGAGCAGUCAUAAAAAGAGUAACGUCUUGGGAGACGAUUUGACGCCUACUACCGAGGAGAACCGACCAGAACAGAAUGCUGAAGUUAAGAAGACAGAAAAGACCAAAACUAAGCAUAGGCGACAAUUAUCAGGGCCAAAAGCCGACUGGACUCGGAAGCUCUUCAUUUUGGUUACAUCCGGUUAUCUGUUGCAAUACGCCGGCGAGGGGAGCUUUGAUCGAUUACCUGAGAAAGUAAUGCAAUUGGGCACUGAAUCUGUAGCGUUUGCAAGUGAUGCUAUCCCCGGAAAACACUGGGUGCUGCAGGUUUCUCAAUCGCUAAAUGCGGAUGGAGCGCCAUCUUCUGACUCGAGAUCUCUUCUAUCGCGUCUUGCCUUUCGAGGCGCCGAUUACAGAAGAUCGGCUACUAGUUUGUUGAUGAUCAUGGGCAGUGGCGAGGACAUGGAGUCGUGGAUAACGGUUAUACGCCGAGAAAUUGAAGCACUCGGUGGCAAGAAGCACGUCUCGGAGACUGGGAAGCCAAAGCCAGAACGUGACAACGAUAUUAUGCAACUCAGGACCCAACCAAGCCAUCGGUAUCUGAUCCAACGAGAACCUGAGCAGGUGCCGCCGCCCGUGUCGCGGCAGGAUGAUGACUCGCUCCGGCUUGCGGCAGAAGGGCGUACUCAUGUUCUACGCGAUACCAAUACUAUGAAAACGCCAAAUUCAGCAACAAACAGUCUAGAUGGACGACAUCUGGAGACUCUCAGAAAUAGUACCAACCGAUCGUCAUACAUGAGUUCAGGACAGCGCACGCUCAUAACAUCGGAUAAUUCAUCAGCAUCUACAUCACCGACGAGAGAAAGCUACUCAACUAUAGAUGAUGUCUCACCAAAGCACUCCGUCGAAAAUCAGCGAAUGGGGCAAAAUGGAUUAGAUACAAUCGAACGUAGGAAGUCGAUGCAGACGGUGUCUAAUCCCACACUCGAAGCAAAUACUUCAACCAACCCCCGUCCUCAUUCUACGUACAGCAUACUUGCAACCUCACCCGCACCACAGAACUUUAGUGUACCAAGCUCUUCGAGCAGGCGAUUCUCUACCACAUCUAGAGGCCUGUCUCAUAAACCGCAGGUUACAGAUACGUUGGAUGUUCCUGACAUCGUUAUGAGCACAUACGACUCAGCAGACAUCCAAUCAAAACCUCUACCCGAGUUUCCUCACCAGAACAGACGCUCGUCUUCUUCUGCUAUCGAGCGCGUACCAAUAUAUGACUCUCUCUCCAAGGCGACGAAAAGCCAUGGCCAUGAGUCGUUCACAGAAUCUGCAGCUUCACAGGGCUUGGCGGAUCAUGAACUAACAUCAACGCCAUACAGUUCGCGUUCUGAUGACCAACUUGGAGAAUUCCACUUUCCGCAGCGAUACUCAGUUGCGCCAAAAGCCGCCGAAACUUCUAUUGGCCAUUGGGCACACACGGCACUUCCAGCGUUCUCCUUUCCAGCUCCUCUUCCGGCAUCACCAAUUGCGCAGCUUCCGACCUACAUUCCUAUCGAACACGGGACUUCAGAUAGACCUCCGAUAUCUUUCUCCAAACAGCUUCGCCGCCCAAUGAGCAUGCAAAUCCGGGCGGAAUCCCAUUCGAAAUCGUUUGUGUCGGCUUCAUAUACAUUCGGAGGUCGGGCGUCCAAGUCAUUGCCUCUACCAGCAGGCGACGCAAAAUAUCCAAAAAGAAAUAAUACCGUCUCUCACGAUCAACCCUUUGCUCUUCCCCCCAUCCACCGUCCUCGGUCAGAAGACAACAAGAAACUUGGGGCCAGGAAGAGCAUGCCACUACUCGCUAGUGGGCCACCUCCAGCCCCUCCACCAAAACGUUCGCUUCCACCUCUACCUCCACCCCAAAACUCACCACUUUCGGAACCUUCCCAGAACGGGUUGCAAAUGUGA